UUCAAUCCGGAGGAAUGGCGGCGGUUCGAUAGUAGAUGCGGCAAGAAGAGGAAGAAGAUGACUGUGACCAGUGGAUACAAGCCCCGAUGUUUUCUGGACCUGGAAAUUGGUGGCCAGUCAGUUGGACGGAUCAUAGUUGAGCUGUUCUCUGAUGUUACCCCAAAGACCUGUGAAAAUUUCAGAGCACUAUGUACAGGAGAAAAGGGUGUUACCCAGAAAACUGAACAGUCCCUCCAUUACAAGGGUACUCCGUUCCAUCGUGUGGUGAAAGACUUCAUGAUCCAGGGUGGAGAUUUCACCAAAGGAGAUGGAACAGGAGGCGAGUCUAUCUAUGGAGGGAUGUUUCCUGAUGAAAAUUUUAUUUUAAAAAAUGAUAAAGAAUUUCUCCUUUGCAUGGCAAAUCGUGGAAAGGACACAAAUAGUUCACAAUUCUUCAUAACAACUAGACCAGCUCCACACUUAGAUGGAGUUCAUGUGGUUUUUGGCCAAGUGCUUCAAGGUCAGGAUGUAGUCCGUCUCAUAGAGAACCAAGAGACGGACACAAAAAGCCGCCCUCUCAAGGAGGUGCGCAUUGGUAAUUGUGGGGAAUUGGUCCUGCAAAUGAAGUCCAAGAGCAAGAAGAAGAAGAAAGUGUCGGAGUCUGAAUCAGGAUUGUCACAUGGUUCGGGAUCAGAAUCAGGGUCAGAAUCAGACUCGGCCAGCGAAGGGGAUUCAAAGAAACGCAAACGCAGAAAGAAACAGAAGAAAAAAGAUUCCAAAAGGAAAAAGAAAGAAAAGAAGAAGAAGAGAGAUAAAGAUGAAAAAGAUGAAGAGGAGAGCCCUAAGGAGCCAGAGAUAACCACUGUAUUUGCUGCAAUCAGACCUGAUGAAAUCCCGGAAGUGCCAUCUCAGAAGUUCCUGAUGAGGAAUAACCCCGAAAAAGAUCAGGAUGACAAAGCCAAAUCUCCCCCUGGCUAUGGUCAGCGGCGACCAAUUGACAGGAUUCCGUACAGUUCUCAAGUCAAGGUGACACGAAGUGGACGUAGGAUCAAGGGUCGGGGUACAGUGCGCUACAGGAGUCGUAGCCGAAGUGAAACUCCACCUCACUGGCGACAAGCCAUGCAGAAGCCCCAACCAAUGGAGUUUGUGGAAAAACAAGAUGAAGACCAAGGAAACCGCUGGGUCAGGGGUGACAAAUUGCCCCAGGUGCGGGGUGAGCGAGGUAAUCGGCGACUGUCUGAGCGUGAUCGUAACUUUGAACCUAGAGAAUUUGGUCAAGGUGAUGGUGGAGGCAACCCCCGCUUGGGACGAGAGGCCAACAGAGGCGGAGGAGAUAGAGAUGAUGACAGGACACGGGGUCGUAACCGAGACAGGCAGCCCCUCAGGGAGAGGUUCAGACAAGGAGAUGAGAAGGCUGAGAAAAAAGAGGAGGAGGAGGAGGAAGACGAUGGAAGAAGAAAGCACAAGAAAGAUAAAAGCCACAAGAAACAUAAAAAGCACAAAAAGACAACCAAAAAGCACAAAGACAACAAGGAGAGUGACAAUGAGGAAGACACGAGGAAGGCAAGGCAUCCAAGUGUUUCUGAUAAAGAGGAUGUUUCCCGGUCACCCUCACCAAGGUCAGGCAGGGAAAGCAAGAAUGAACCGGAGAGGAAUGGUCACAGUGAAGCACGAAGGUUGAGUGAGCGCAGAGAUGUCAGAAGAUCAACUGCUGACAGUAGAAAUAGUGUUGAAAGGGGGAGACAUGAUAGGAGAAGGUCAAAAUCACCAGAGAUCAGGUCAAAGCAACCAGCUCGCAGGAGAUCAAUAUCGAGAGAUCGCCAUCAUUCAAAAUCCAGAUCGCCUGACAGAAGACCAUCUUCUGAUUCACGAGGUCGAAGGAGACGACCUUCAGAUUCAGAUUCAGAUUCAGAGGAUGAUAGCCGAACCAGAUCAAAGAGGCAAAGUAGGCGAAGGUCAGGGUCCUCCAGAGAUAGUUCUAGUAGGAGUAGGUCAAGGUCCAGGGAUCGCUUCCAACGUGAUAUUGGCAGAAGGGGCAGGCGAGAUGAGGAAAGACGUCCCAGAGUUCUUCCAGGUAUCAGACCAGUGAGACAAAAGUCUGAAAGUCCACCUCCCACUCACUGGAAACCGGGACAGAAACCUUGGAAGGUCAAGCCACAGGACAGACCACUCACAACCAAUGAUGUUCUUGGUGCACCCGAGUUGAAAGAUAAGAGUCCACAGAAAUCUGGUGUUAGCCCAGGAGACAGUCAAGUGAAUCCAAGUCGCAUUUCAAGUAACUCUCCUGUCAAACUUCAUGGUCACCACAGACAGUCUGACGAUAGUGAUGACAGUGACCGCUCUCCCAGCCCAGGUAUAGAUAUGUCUAGAGGUCGGAAAUCAAGCGGAUCGGACCCUUCACGGGAAACUCGGUCCAUUCAUCUUGAGACUGACAUGCGAGGGAGGUCAGAGCCAGAUAACCUGAGGACAGUGCGCAUUGGGAAUAUGACAGAACAACGGUCUGUACAUCUCAGUAAAAUGGAUGAUGACUCCUAUAGACGGGAUCCUGUUCCAGCUAGUAAGAUCCAGUAUGAUUUGGCGGAACAAGUAGAUCCAAUUAGGGCAAGUCCUGUUCGAAAGGAAUCAAAGUCCAAAUCAAGACAUUCCUCAGACUCAAGAUCAGAAAGUUCAUAUAAAACAUCCGAUUCUUCUGAGGAAUCUGAUACGUCGGUAAAAUCUGAGGAAGAACAGCGACGUACUGUAAGAAAAGUAGAGGAACGCAUAAAAUGGCAGCCACCACCGGACCCUGAGGAGCCAGAGCGUGAGGAGGCUCCACGUAUUGUUACCAAGCAGCCUGAGGAUGUUAGUCGGACAUCUGUUAGAAUGAGGACCCCCCCACUGCCUCCAUUGGGACAAGUGGCUGAGGCUGCGUCAGAGAUGGCCAGAAAGAAAAAUAGGUGGGAUGUCCAUGCUCCAGUAGUUGUACCAGAGAGGACCAUAGUGAGUGUCCCCCUACCCCCCAAACAACCUUCACCUCCUCGGAUAAGCCGAUCAUCAAGGUCACCCUCAUAUUCAUCAGACAGUUCCAGGUCAAGGUCUCAGUCUCCAACUAGCAAUUAUCUGUAUGGAGAUAAAAAGAAACCAUUGGACAAUGAAGAGACUAAGCCACUGGAGCCAAUUAAACAGGUUGAAGAAUUUGCUUCACAAUCUCUUAUUACAAAGUCUGUAUCCAAAUCUCCUGCAAAGUCAGACAAAGGAAGGAGCAAUCCGAUUCAAGUGGUCACAAACAUAGAGAGUAUUCCUCUCCAGGGUGGACGUUCACUGGAUCUGAACAUGCUAAGUCCCGCCAACAUACCUUUCCCAGUGGAGAGUACAGAGAAACCCAAAGACAAAUCUUCCAGCAGUUCCGAGAAGAAAAUUUCACCCGAUGAACCACCAAAGAAAAGUCUGGAAGAAAGAUUGAAAGAUUUCACUGCUGGGAUCAGUGGUUCGAAAUCUGCCUUUAUUCCUUCAGGAGAUAAGGCUAAGGCUAAAUCAAGAAGCCCUUCAUCAGAUGCUUCACCAAAGAAAUCCUCUCCUACUAGAAGACCAUCCAAUAGAUCUGGCAGCAGAAACCAAGACCGUAGUAAAUCUCCUCACAGAUCCCGCAGGAAAAGUAGAUCAAAGUCUCGAGAAAAAUCCCAUUCCAAGUCACCUCUUCGCUCAAGAAGGCGGAGUUCAAAAUCACCAAUUAGAGUGAGGAGGAAAAGUCAUUCGAAGUCACCAAGACGUGGCAAAAGUAGGUCAAAAUCUCCUUAUCGUUCUAGAGGAAGAAGUUAUUCACGCUCUCCACAGCGACGAAGGAUUUCUCCGGCUCGGUAUUCACCAGUGCCACCCAGAAGGCAGUCUCGAACCAGUCCUCGUAGGAAAUCAAGAUCACCUAGGAGGUCGAGAUCUAGAAGGCGUUCCCCAUCUCCCAGAAGAAGGUCUAGGUCACCAAAACGUCGUUCCCGUUCAAGGUCUCCAAAGCGGAGAUCUGUGUCACCAAGGCGACGAAGUUUGUCCAAUCGCAGGAGGGCAUCUGUACGAAGAAGACGUUCAAGGUCAAGGUCCUCCAGGAGAAGAUCACCAAGGAGACGUAGUAUCUCUCCACGACGUCGCAGCCGAUCUAGGUCAAGGAGACGUUCUCCUAUACGACGCAGGCCUUCGAGAGAAAGACGCAGGAGACGCAGCAAAAGUUCAGGAUCGUCCAAAAGUCGAAGUCGCAGCAGAAGUCGUAGCCGUCGUAAGAGACACUCUAGUAGCUCGCGUAGUCGAAGUCGCAGUCGACGUCGUAGACAUAGAAGCUCUAGCUCUGACAGUGAUUGAACAUCGCCAUAGAGUGUCACAAUAUGGACUUAGGUUUUUUUAAUACAAGUCUGUUAAUAGAGCUUACUGCAGAAAUAGUUUCCAUAAUGCUUGAUAAUUUACACAAUUUUGCUUUUAUUAAUUGUUGAUAUUUAAUGCUUGAUUGGGAAGUAGUAACUACAAAUCAUUCAGAGAUUUCUUCAUGCUUGAGAAUUCACACUAUUUUUCUUUUAU